UGUCGAUGAGUCCUGGGUCCCCGGACUCUUUGAGGCGGAAGCGCUCGCUCGGGUCAUGUUGUUUCGUGGUACCCUCUGGUUGCUACUGCUACUGCCGCUGCGCCCCCCGGGAGUGCAGGGCCGCCACGGUACCACGAGCUCAGGGCAGGAGGCCGACGAACCCACACCUUGGCCGAGCGUCCAACGCCUGCAGGAGCAGCUGAGGACGGCCGGGGCCCUCUCCAAACGAUACUGGACGCUCUUCAGCUGCACCUUGUGGCCCGAACACUGUGAAGACCAGGAGACCCCGGUGCCGCCGCUGGGCUGGAGCCUUCCUCUGUGGGGCCGUCGGUCGCUGGAUAAGCUCACUGCAUGGAUCUGCCGCUUUCAGGACUGCUGCAGCGGUGGGGAUUGCAGGAUCUCCAACAACUUGACAGGCUUAGAAUCAGACUUGCGUCUGCGACUUCACGGCCAGCAUCUCGCUAGCGAGCUGGUCCUAAGAGCAGUAAAGGGCUACUUAGAGACGCCCCAAGUAAGCCAGGCCCUGGCUCUGUCAUUCCAUGGCUGGUCUGGCACAGGCAAGAACUUCGUGGCACGGAUGCUGGUGGAGAACCUGUACCGGGACGGAGUGAGGAGUGACUGUGUCAAGAUGUUUAUCCCCACCUUCCAUUUUCCACACCCCAAGUACGUGGACAUGUACAAGGAGGAGUUGCAGAGGCAGAUGCAGGAGACGCAGUGGCGCUGCCACCAGAGCACGUUCAUCUUUGAUGAAGCGGAGAAGCUGCACCCGGGGCUGCUGGAAUUGCUUGAACCCUACCUGGAACGGAGGAGCCCCGAGGCCCAUGGAGCUGAGGCACCCCGAGCCAUCUUCCUGUUUCUCAGUAACCUUGGAGGCAGUGCCAUCAAUGAGGUAGUCCUGGGUCUGCUUAAGGGUGGAUUGUCCAGGGAGGAAAUUACGACGCAGCACUUGGAGAUGCCCCUUCAGGCUGAGAUCAUCAAGUCUGUAGACAGUAGCUUUGGCUCCAGCCGUCUCCUGAAGGAACACCUUGUUGACUUCUUUAUCCCCUUCCUGCCACUGGAGUACCGCCAUGUAAGGCUGUGUGUCCGAGAUGCCUUCCUGGGCCAGGAUCUCCCAUACACAGAAGAGGCCCUGGAUGAAAUCGCCAAGAUGAUGACAUACGUUCCCGAGGAAGAGCGGCUUUUCUCCUCUCAGGGGUGCAAAUCCAUUUCCCAGAGAAUCAACCUCUUCCUGCCUUGAGAGUGACUGCUGUGCACCCUAAAUAAUCUUCCUCUUCUAGACACACUCAUCUGCCAGGUACCCUGGUGUCUAGCAACCACUGCUUUCAGCUACUGUGCAGAAGGCAGUUCCUAAAAAACCACUUGGUGACUUAAAAACCUACAUUCUAGACUGAGUGUCAUGAAGUCAGGAAGCCAGUGGAAGGUCCAAGCACCAGAGGGUCCUGAGAACACUCCCUACAGUCUCUUGACACCAUUGCUCUUCCUGGAAGGCAGCUGGAGUUGAGUGUGAGCCUGAGGCUCCAGGAUCUUUGGGCAACAGAACAAGGAAGAUGUGUGGACCAACAGGAGCGUGACCCAGGUCUACAGGACUGCUUUAAAUACGCUAUAAUGUAUGAUAUUCCAGUGUACACGGAAUUUCAGGAAAACUGAAAAAUAAACACAAAUUCCACUACAGGGAGCACAGAGAAAUGAAUCAUGUCAGACCGACACCUGCUGGCUCUCGAGCAGCGUAGCACUGUGCAUGAUGGGGGAGGAUGAAAGCAGCCUGAAAUUUCAUCAGCCAAUCAUGGGUAUCUGGAAAUGCACACACAAUGGGAAAAGUAUUGGAGACCAGAAAACAAUGAAGUCCAGUCUAAACAUGGAAGACAUUAUGCUACGAGAACGAACCAGCCACACAGAGAAAUACUGUGUAUCACAACACUCGGAUGGAAUGUCAAGAAGCUCAUCUCACGGAGGGAGUACUGAUGGCUGUGACUGGGGCUUGGGGACAGGGAAGGGACAACAGUGAAAACAUUGGUCAGUGGCUACUGUGACAGUUACAGGCAAGUAAGAGAACUCGGUCAUGGCAUUUUAACUGCAGUGAGUGACUAUAGUUCACACUACACAGAGCAUUUCAAAAGAGCUAACAAAGAAGAUUCUGAAUGUUCUCACCACAAUGAAGCCAGGUCGUGGAUAUUCUAAAUAACUGAUUUGGUUACUGCAAUGUGCACAUGUACAGAAACACCUCACUAUUCUCAAUGGAUGUGUAAAGACGUCAAAAAUGUAUUGGGACCUGGGAAUGUAGUUCAGUUGUUAAGAGUGCUUGCUUAUUAUGGAUGAAGCCUUAGGUUCAAUUGCCAGCACUCAUAUAAACAGAGUGUCAUGGUGUAAAACAAUAACCCCAGCAGGGGACUCCUAAGUUUCAGGUCAUCUUUUAUUGCGUGGUAAGGUUGAGGCCA